GUAAAGUAGGUCCCUAUAAGCCAAGACUGGAAAAAGAAUAACACUUACUAUAUUAGUUGUAUAUCUAUCCAUCUUUCAUCGUCGUCUUCCCCAAGCUCCCGCUCGCUGCUUGAACUCUGCAAAUAAUCGAAUUCCAUCUUUUAAAAAAAAGAAAAAAAAAAGAGUAAGGAAUUGAUUACGAUCCCUAUGGCGGGAAGAGAAGUUCGAGAAUACACUAACCUUACCGAUCCUAAAGACAAAAAGUGGGGAGGAAAGGGUAAAGAACGGAUUGACGAUGAAGAACUCACCUUCCAGCGUAUGGUUGCCAAGGUUACUUUCGCUUUUUCACUCCAAUCGAUACAAAAUACGCUCUUUAUUAUUCAUUCUACCCCUUUUCGAUCGAUUGCAAUUACGUUGCCAACCAUGAUUAAUUUACGUGGUUUAUUUUUCUUAAAAAAAAAUAAAUUUAAAGCUAUGUCAUCCAUUAUAAACAUGUUUAGGACUGCAAGUUAAAGGGGAUGGGACCAAAAAAACAACAAGGGUGCAAAGGAACUAGCUGAAAAUCUGAAACUUAAACGCAAAAAUGUGUCUGGCAUUCAUAUGACCUCCUAGUUCAUGCUAGUAGGAUAAAGGUACUUUUGUUUAUUGUUGUCUCAAAACAUGAGAAUUGUUGAACUAGUUGUUCACUGUUUGGAGAGGUAUCAAAUAGAUACUGUUAGAAUCUAUAUAGCCAAUCUUUGUAUAUAAUGGGUCACCUCUUAGUUGUUUUCGUUCUUAUGCUAAUGGUUCUUAGAUAAUGAACUUGUAUGUUGGUUAUUUUUUAUUUCAAGAAGUUACGAUUCUCUGGGAAGUCUUUUUCUGAUAACAUGCCCCGGCAGGGAUCUUCGCUUCUCUCCGGGUUGGCUAAUAUGCGCCUCAGAUGCAAGAAGUUGCAGGAGAACGAGGCGGCUAUCUUCACGGGCGCGGAGGUAUUGACAGAUACUCUGUUUGACUUUUUUUUGCCUUUUAAUUCAAUCCAAUGUUAAAUUUAUCCUUUUCUUUUUCGAAAUUACUUGUGCAGCCCUGGACAGUGAUGAUUUACUUUAUCUAAAAGAGCAAAUGGAAGCCGAGGAGGAUGCCGAACGGCUUCUGAGACGCACUGAGAAACGUGCAUUUGCUGCAUUCAAGAAGGCUGUUGCAGAUACUUCACAAGCACCCGUACCGUUGCCACUUCGUGUUGAACCUAAGCCAAAGAGCGGGAUCAGACAACAAGAUUUACUGAAAAGGGUGGUUGAAGUGAAACCAAAGAGACAAAAACAUUCAAAUAGUUCUGACGGAAACCCGCCGCUGUCCUCCUUUUCUUCUUCAAGUGGUAAUAACGGUUCAGAUGGCCACAACAAGAGAUCUGACAUGAAAGAGGUGGCGUUAGCACGGAUUCCAGAGAAGGAGCUAUCUCCAGCUAAGGCAAAACCAGUGUCUUCCAACGAUCCGAAGAUGGAAGAGAACCCUGUCAAGAGCUUGCUAAGUGCGUAUGAGAGCUCCGAUGAUGAUAAUGAUGAUGAAUGAAGAUUGAAACACAAGGCUAAGCAAAAGCACAGUAAUGCCAAAUUCUGUUAAUCUUAGGAUGUUUUCCUUCUUUUUCUAUCUGAUCUUGGAUGCUACAUAUGAGCGAUUUUGCUAUACCUUAGAAAUGUACAUUAAUUCUAUUCUAUUAAUAACAUAGUUAACACUGUUUUUUCUCUUGGGGGGGGUACAGGGUCAAGGAGAAAAUCAGUUGUGUGGUCUUUUUUUUUUAAAAAAAUUAUUUUCUUUUUGUAUUUUUAUCUGUACUAGUAUUAUUCCCGUGUGGUGCAUGGCGAGUUUUAGAUAUUACGUUAGAUAUUACGUUAAAAUUUAAAUGAUAUGAGUUUCCAUGAAAGUUUAAGUAUAAAUGGCCAUGAUAAUUA